AUGAUGUCUGCUGCGUCGAAGAGCGCUGGUCUUAACAAGACAGUCAGGCAGCACUAUCUGUCUCUUGCCCAAGGUGCCGUGUGCCUGGUAACUUACAUUUGGAUUGAUGAGACUGGAGAAAAUCUAAAGUGCAAAACCAAGACUCUGAACACAGAACCAGCUGGACUUCAAGACAUCCCGGAGUGGGCCACUGCAUGGAGCACAGAUGGGAGGUUGGUUGAGGUCCUGUUGAUCCCAGUGAGGAUGUUUCGAGACCCCUUCAUCCUUGACCCUAAUAAACUGGUGCUAUGUGAAGUGCUUGACAGCAACCGGGUGCCUAUAGGAAGUAAUCAGCGUUCACAGUGUGAUAAAAUCAUGGAGGAAGUCAAGGAGUUUCAGCCUUGGUUUGGAAUGGAGCAGGAAUACACACUCUUUGAUUUGGAUGGACAGCUCAUUGGCUGGCUUCCUCGUGAAUCCCAGGAAACUCAAGGGUUUAAUAGAGUGGUCGCUGGGAGGCUCUAUGGCAGGAAUAUAUGCAUCAGUCACUGCAAAGCCUGCCUCUAUGCUGGUGUGAAGAUCUGUGGCACUAACGCUGAGGCAAUUCCAGGCCAAUGGGAGUUCCAGGUCGGCCCAUGUGAGGGGACUGAAAUAGGGGACCAUCUGUGGGUAGCGCGCUAUAUUCUGCACCGUGUAUGUGAAGAUUUUGGAGUCAUUGCUUCCUUGGAUCCCAAACCCAGCGGGGUGAAUUCUGGUACAUCAGGCUGUCACACUAACUUCAGCACCAAGGAGAUGAGAGGCGAAGGAGGGCUUAAACACAUUGAAGAGUCCAUCCAAAGGUUGAGUAAGCGUCACUCUCAGCACCUCCGUGUCUACGACCCGCAUGGUGGCCAGGACAACAUACAUCGCCUCACUGGUCUGUCUAGUACCUCCCAUUUCCAUGAAUUCUCCACAGCCACGGCCUGUCGGGACGUUAGCGUCCGCAUCCCUGUCCAUGUCAGUCAAAAGGGCUGUGGAUAUUUAGAAGACAGACGUCCUGCUUCCAACUGUGACCCCUAUGCCGUGAUAAGGGCCUUGGCUGAAACCUGUCUGCUGUCGACCACCGAGGAAGAUGAGGAUGGGAGUGUCUGA